AUGUCUUUAUCACAAUUAGAAAAGUUGGACCUAAUACCCACAUCCAUCGAAACUCAACAACCCUUAAAGCUCAUAGAUAAUGUCACUGACUUAGCUACUAAAUAUGAAACCAUCAGAAACGCCAACCUCGAGAAACAGUACGAAAGAAAUAAUUUAUUGAAGAACGAGAUAAAUACACUUACAGAGAAUUUAAAGUCUAUUCUCAAAGAUAUCACUGGAACUGAAGAUAUAAAUAUUGAUUUGAAAGACUAUAUCAAGAAGAAAUCGUUUGAAUUAGAUUCUUUGAAGUUGAAAAUAGGGUCAGAUAUAACAUUGAUAGAAUCUGAGAUAGCUCAAUUGAAGUCACAUAAAUCAGAAAAAGAGAAACUCCUUGAUUCCUUGGAUAAACAAUUGAAAUCUAUAGCUGACGAAAACAUUCUUGAUUCUGGAGUUUUCUUCAUUAAGCUUGUAAAUGAUUUAAAUGUAGCAUUAGGUAAAGAUAAAGAAGGUAAUGAGCAAAUUCUCCUAAAUGGAUUGAAAUUUUUACCUUUGAGUGGAUAUAAUGAUUAUUUCAUCACCAAUUAUAUCUGGGAUAAUAUGUAA